CUUUCCUCCAGUGCCGUUCCGGCCAUUGGACUGUUUAGCACGACCCAACCUCCUGAACCGAAUUGGCCCAACUUGUACGCAAUCCUGCACCCGAUCGGGAUCCACACGGCUUUCGGGAAAGACUUUGAUUUUUUCUUUGGGCUUAAAGACAUGAGAUCAUGGGUGGACGGAUUUAUUGGAAGGGACGCACAUAUUGUCAGAUUUAAUCUGGGACUCCCAAAAAGUACGGGAACAGUUCGCCUCCGUUCAGUAAAUCCGAUAGAUCAACCGGUCGUUGAUUUGAACUUUUUCAGUGAUUCGGACGAUCUUAAGGAUAUGAUUAGUGGGCUGAAAAUGUUAAUUAAACUUUACGAGAAAACUAAAGCUUUUGGAAAAUAUAAUGCAACCUUAAUGCCAAAACAUUUUCCCGGGUGUGAACGCCACAAGUUCCGAAGUGAUGAGUAUUUCGAGUGUUUCGUGAGACAUUGGUCAGUGACGACGUGGCAUCAGUGCUGUACUGCAAAAAUGGGACAUGCGAAUGAUCCGAAGGCCGUAUUAGAUUCACGAUUAAGGGUGCGUGGCGUGAAGGGACUACGAGUUGCGGACGCGUCCAUAAUGCCCAAAAUUACAAAUGCUAACCCCAACGCGCCAGUUAUUAUGAUUGGAGAGAAAGCUGCGAGUAUGAUAUUGGAUGAUUGGGAGAAAAGUACAGAAUUUUAA